CGGUUUUCGCCGUUUUCGACCUUCGCGUCUGCCGCGGUGCUGGUGUGUUCCCGCUAUGGCGCCCAGGAAGUUCUUCGUGGGGGGCAACUGGAAGAUGAACGGUGAUAAGAAGAGCCUGGGCGAGCUCAUCCACACGCUGAACGGCGCCAAGCUCUCCGCCGACACUGAGGUGGUAUGUGGAGCUCCUUCUAUCUACCUUGACUUUGCCCGUCAGAAGCUUGAUGCGAAGAUUGGGGUUGCAGCACAAAACUGUUAUAAGGUACCAAAGGGAGCUUUUACAGGAGAGAUCAGCCCAGCAAUGAUCAAAGAUAUUGGAGCUACAUGGGUGAUUCUGGGCCACUCAGAGCGAAGGCAUGUUUUUGGAGAGUCUGAUGAGUUGAUUGGGCAGAAAGUGGCUCAUGCUCUAGCUGAAGGCCUUGGUGUCAUUGCUUGCAUUGGAGAGAAGCUGGAUGAGAGAGAAGCUGGCAUAACAGAGAAGGUGGUUUUUGAACAGACCAAAGCCAUUGCUGAUAAUGUGAAGGACUGGAGUAAAGUGGUGCUUGCCUACGAGCCAGUAUGGGCUAUUGGUACUGGUAAAACUGCAACUCCUCAACAGGCUCAGGAAGUUCACGAGAAGCUGAGGGGAUGGCUCAAAAGCCACGUGUCUGAUGCUGUUGCUCAGUCAACUAGGAUUAUCUAUGGAGGUUCAGUGACUGGCAGCAACUGUAAGGAGCUGGCAUCUCAGCAUGAUGUGGAUGGCUUCCUUGUUGGAGGAGCUUCUCUCAAGCCAGAAUUUGUGGAUAUUAUUAAUGCCAAACACUGAAGCAGCCUGGAGUCACACGGAGUCCUUUGUGAUUAGGAUUAAGAAACAGAAGCAACAAGGAACCUUACAUUGCACAUCCAUCAAUACAGAGGCCUCCUCUGAGGCUUUUCCCCACCACGGUCAUUGUUCUAGCUGUGCUGCUAACCCCCAUCACCAUGUUGGAGCUCUGGUGGGAGCCUCUUUCAUCAGAGUCUUGACAGCCUCCAGCCUGAACUGGCAGAAUCCUCAGAUGCCCAUUGAUCCUGUUACCUAAUAGAGCUCACAGUCAAGCUGGCCCUUUCUCUGCUGUGAGAGAAGGCUGCUAACAUAGGGGAAGAAGGGAACCACAGUCUCUUGCAUCUUUCAAGCCCAUCAGUAAGGAGCCUGUCAGCUUAGACCCUUGUGAGACACCUUACCUCUGCUAUGUCCCAUACUGAACAAUAGAUGGAAUAAACAAAAGAAUGUGUCUGUC